AUGCUGAUGCCCAAUGAAUCAAUUGUUCGGUGCCUGAUAUUGAUGAUUGUUUUCCUGAUUCGCAUUCUUCCUAAAAUAUGGUGCAUGCAUACCAUACCUACUGAGUAUACUAUACUCAUGAAUACUGGUCCUUUUGAUACGAACGUAACCGAAUUGCUUAGUUUUUGGUCACCUGAGGGGAAGGGACCUGGUAGGUCUAUCUUAGAUAUAGGGGAUAAGAUAAAUACUCCGUACUCCGUUUCACUCACAUCAACUGCUAUGCAGAAGAUACUCCUACAACAUGAUAAUCACUACUGA